UACAUUUCACCCAUGAGUCAUGAUGACUGAAAAUCCGUAGAAUCGCUGUGUGUAUAUGGUAGAAAUACUAAAGAGCAGAGUAAAGAAGCUUCUCAAUUUCAUCAUAAAUAAUCUUUUCCGCUGUUUGAGGCUUUAAGCCUACCACUCUAUAAUGUUCCCAAAACCAGAAAACCAUUUGCGUGGACUCUCAAGUCUCCGUCUUCCCUAAGCCCUACCUUACUUUCUUCUGAUCAGACGAUCUUCAUCGCUCGCAAUCUAAUCGCUUAUCCACAGCAAAACACAAGGAACUCAUAUACAUUGGAGGAGACGCCUUGGUGAUGAAAGUAUAGUAUUUGUCUUUGCAAUUCGUUUCGUGGACCCUUUGGUAUUUAUUGGAAAAGCAUAGAGAUGGGUGCUCUUUGCUGCUGUCCUUGUAGUGAGGACUUUGAAGAAUAUGCUCUUCCAAGCAAUUCAGUAUAUAGGCAUUGCACAUGCCUAAGAUACUUCUUCCAUCAGUUAUUCAGUGGGUAUAGUGCACCGUUUCAAAGGCUUGAUGGACGGCCACCUUCAUCACCUCUCCCAGGAGCUACUUUGGUAUCAUCCGGAGUAGGCACAACACUCCCGAAUAAUUCCUUGAACGAUACUCAGCUCUCAGUGUCCAGGCCAUCACCCUUUGAUGCUGAUCAAAGAUACUCGCGUUUGCAGCGUGAUGGAUUGGUCUCUAGGCGCGAUAAGUCAAUGACUCAUUUGCAAGAAGAUGCGCAACAACUGAGAAGAGGCAGUUCUGGCACAGAGUCCCUGGGUUUUGGGAAGAAAUGGAAUGGAGAUGAUAAUGAAGAAGAUUGUAAGUUUGGCCAAUCUGAGACCUCGGAAAAGGUUUUGGCAACAAAACUGGCAUAUGGACUAACUUUCGUGCAACCCUCAUCUGAAGAUGAAGAUGUUUGCCCUACAUGCCUGGAUGAAUACACUACAGAAAAUCCUAAAAUCACAACAAGAUGUUCUCACCAUUUUCACCUUGGCUGUAUUUAUGAAUGGUUGGAAAGAAGCGAGAGCUGUCCAAUUUGUGGCAAGGAAAUGGAGUUCUGUGAAAGCCCUUAACUUUUCUCUCUGAUUUCAAAGCAAUAGAGCAAAUAUAUAUGGAGCGGCUAUGAGUUUCUGUAAAUAAAAGUUGUCAUGUUUAUAAAGGGUUGCAUAGAGGGAAGCAAUUGUUCAUUUUGUGUCACUAGUUUGUAAUACUUGUGGUGUUUCUCCAUGCUUCAUGGCUGGUUAUCUUACUUGUUGUAUAGAACCUCCACAGAUCUGUGUGGAACCAUAUUAAGUGGUUGUAACAUAAUUGUUAUGAAAACAUCUGAAGGGCUCACGCCAUCCAUUUCUUUCUUGCUUGUACUGCUUGAUUUUACAUGAAAAAAAAGGUGCAAGAGUUAUUUCACCCUUUACUUUCCCA